CACCCUGAUGACGAAGCCAUGUUCUUCGCUCCCACCCUCCUCAGCUUGGGCCGCCUGCGGGCCCGGCUCUGGCUGCUCUGCAGCUCCUCAGGAAAUUACUACAAUCAAGGAGAGAUUCGUAAGAGAGAACUUGAAGAGAGUUGUGCUGUUUUGGGGAUCCCUCCUUCCAACGUAGCAGUUAUUGACCACAGGGAUCUUCCGGACGAUCCAGCUGUCGAGUGGGACACGCAGCUCCUCUCCACCUUUGUGCUGAAGCACAUAGAGACCAACAACAUCAACCUGGUGGUAACCUUUGAUGCUGGAGGAGUGAGUGGCCACGCUAACCACAUCUCCCUUUACGCGGCUCUAAGGAACCUGCACUCGGAGGGGAAGCUCCCUGAAGGAUGCCGAGUCCUCAUCCUAGAGUCGGUGAAUCUCCUGCGGAAGUAUAUCUCCGCGCUGGAUGUGCCCAUUAGCUGUCUGCUGUCCCGGGAUGUUCUCUUCAUACUAACCAAGGAGGAGUCUGAACAAGCCAAGCGGGCCAUGCGGUGUCAUCGCAGCCAGCUCCUCUGGUUUCGCCACAUCUACAUGGUAUUCUCUCGCUAUAUGGUGAUCAAUUCCCUCCGCCUUCUGUGACGCAGUGCAGAGUCGCACACACCUCCCAGUGCGCUGAGAUCCCAGAGAAGGGACCAAAGGAGAGAGGAAGUCUGCCAGGUCAAGCACUACUGAAAGCACCUGCUUCUGCCUGCCAUGGGAAGCAGACAGUGCCCAGAACCCCUUGACUGCAGACGCAUGCUGUAUGUACUUCCUUCUGCUCCUUUACUUGGGCUCUAACAACUCUUGAAUGUUCUCAUUGUAAUAACCCAAUAGGAUCAGAAACAUGGAACAGUCUGAGGCUAAUUACAAGUGAGAGUUCAGACAUCACUCAGGUUACAGCACUGCUUUUCUUCAGGGAUCUAGAGCUCAGGGUCACCUGGCAAUCCCUGCCUUGCGCCCUGUUCCCCAGGGCAGGCACCAGGAAGGACAUGUCCAAGGGCACAUAGUCUCCCUUGGGAUUUGAUCCUGCAGCCCUCAGGCUGGAAUAUUGGACCACAAAGGACUACUGGGUCAUGGAGGACCCCCAUUCAGGCAGCCUGCCACUUCCUGAACUUUAAGUCCCAAAUCUGUAAAAUAAAACAUCAGCAAUUACAGACGGAUGUGCUGGUUCCUUCCACCUUGAGCCCCCAGCCAGGCUGUGGGGUGAGCAGCAGACUGUGGGGUGAAGCAUUAGCAUUUAUUCCUACAGGGUGGCAGCACGACAGGCAGUUCUCCAGUGAAGUAUGUUUGCAGACAUCGACGUUCCAGCAGCCCGGUGUGGGUCCUCCUGCCUUUGAGUUCAGCGGGUAAGUGAUGAGUCAGCCAGUUCUCACCUAGCUGUGUAUAGUGUGUAAGUCUACGUAGAGGUUGGAGCAGAGAGCAAAGGAGGACUGUCACCCUGAGGCAGUCAUAACAAUGCUCAUCACUCCCAUUGUGCUUUCCCCUCAAUACUGCACCAGCUAUUAAAACAAAAUUAGGGCUUAACUGUGUGCUCAAGCCCUGAUCUCAUGCUUAAA